AUGACUGGAGUUCCGAAGUCGCGUGCUUGUGCGCCAUGCAAAGCACGGAGAACAAAGUGCUUUAGGAAGAGACAAAAGUGUCCUGGACCUUCUUCAUUACUCAAGUUUAUCAACAUCAAUACUAGCCAGCAACCUCGGCGUCGCCAAACUACACAGCCCAGGUCGGCUUUACUAUCACCUACUGACCUGGUGGCCGGUCGCUUGGUGCAUCAUAUCGAUGGCGCCAAGGAGCGGAUGGUCAUCCACAUUGAACCCUUCAAAUACUUGCCGGCGCGUCUGGGGGAUAGUGCUUGUCUCCUUGAUGCUUCCGCACUGCUCUGCAACGUCUGGGAUAUAUACCGGCGUAAUGAGAAGAAGGUUCCCUUGUCCCAUAUACCGGCUUACGGGAAAGCAAUCCACAGCUUGGCUCGUACUCUAGAAAGUGACAACGCUUACACAGUUGACACACUGGCAGCUGUUACAGUCAUACAACAGGCAGAACUCUACUUUGAUCACGGAAAUUCACGGCUUCAACACGAAAAAGGCUUCGUGGCUCUGCUCUCUGGAAUCGGACCUCCUAAACCCGGGGAUAAGCUUCAUGCUCGUCUUGGUAUGGCGGCGUAUGUUCUCCUACUACCACAUUGGAUCGCCUUGGGUGGUGGGACUAACGUCUUCGAUACUCCCGAAUGGAUCAGUGCCUUCGCAGGCUCUGUGGCAGAUUAUCUCAACGCCGAAAACCUAAAGCCUUUCCUAGAGGAUGGGUUUGUGUUUUACAACACCUUGUGUGCGCGUCUACCGCAAAUUCUUCAGGCCACCAAAGCCGCUAGUGCAUUUCGCCUCGGGCUUACCACGCCAAGACCAUACGAUGUCACCAGACUUCUCCAAGGACUCGCUGAUAAGUCAGAGCAAGCAUGUUCUGAAUUUCUUGGAAAAAUGAAAGAAAAUGGUCUCCUGAAAGAGGAGGAGGAUCCGGAGUCUCCAUUUGGGUUGAAAUAUUGGGUCCCAACUCCCUUCUCCUCCCAGUUUCUCCUCGGCCUACUCACCGCUCGCUUGAUAAUCCUUCUCGCGAAUCUCAAGUGGAAUGCAAUUCACGGGAAUAGCGAAGAGGCAGCCGCUUUGUUUGCUACCCUGAGGACAGCGUGCUUCACAAUCUGGAGGUUCAUCCCAUUUCUUCGGGACCAUGACUUGCUCACUGUGCCACUCCCCUGGCAAUCAAUAAGCUCGACCUUUGCAUUCGCCAAUACACGAGAGAAGGACUACAUGCUUGGUGUAUUUGAAGAACUAGACCUAUUCCAGAGAACAGAUAACGAUAGAAGAAAGGUUCCGAGAAGCCGAGCCUCGAUAGAGAAAGAAAUCAAUCAGCACGCUGGAUUUAUGUCCAUGCAACAAUCGCCGAGUAUUCCGCAGGAGACUUAA